AUCAGUGGCUAAAUGGACACCCUGUAACAGAUGAGAGUUUGGGAGUCACAGCUGAUCAGGAAGACACCUCUGGUGGUUAUGACCUAUCAGGAUCCAGGAUGAUCCAAAGGGUGUCAACUCUAAUCACAGAAUAUGAUGAACAGUUGCAAGAAAUGAGAGAACAGCUGCAGCUUUAUCAGGCACAAAUGAGUAAGAUGAGGCUACAAAUGGAAGAAGUCACCAAGGAAAAUGAAAGGCUGCAUGCAGAGUUGAAAGAGGCUCUUGAGAAGCAACUGGAGGCUCUUUCUUUCAUGCAUCUGGAAACUGGUAUUCCUGCAGAUGAAAGCAUAGUGAGAAGCCUUCAAGAACAAUUAAAACUGGCAAAACAAGAGAAGGAACAAGCAGUUGAGCUGUGGCAGACGACGUUACAGGAGCAUGACCGACUCCAGCAGCAGUACCAGGAGCGCCUGACUGAAACACACAUUCACGUGGCUGAAAGGAGGAAGCAGAAUGAUCACCUGACCAGCUUGCAGCAUUUGACUCGGCAACUGCAUACAGCCAAUGAGAAAAUAGAGUUGACCAAUCAGCAGCUCCUGAAAACUGUGACAGAACAAGAUACGGAACUAGAGCAGCUGCGAAAACAACUGAGGCAAGCCAAACUAGAUGGGCAGACAGCAAAUGCUAAGGUUGAGGAAAUGACCAAAUUGACAGAGAAGCUUCACAGCCAAUUGGAGAGAAAGGAAGAAGAUGUGAUAUCUGCCCAGGGAAGGGAAACAGCAUCUGACAAACGUUUGCAGCAAAUGCAGUCUAGCAUAAAACAGUUAGAAACAAGAUUACGUGUUAGUGUCCAAGAUGCUGAGCGGCUGCGAACGGAAAGAGCAGUCCUGGAAGAGCAAAUUGGAGAGCUUCAGGCCAAGUCUGCUAAUCUAGAAAGUGAGAAGUAUGAUGCUAUGGCAAAAGUCCAGGAUUGCAUACAACUCUUGGAAGAAGCUAACCUAGAAAAGAGUCAGGCACUCUUUGGGGAGAAACAAAAGGAAGAGGAGAUCAAAAAAUUGAAAGAUGAAAUGUCUCAACUUGCAGAAGCUACUGCUGAAAGAGCUAGAAAGGCAGUAGAGGCUGCAAAGAAGCACUAUAACGUGCAGGUUUCCAGACUAACAGAAGAACUUUCAGCUCUUCAGAUGGAAUGUGGAGAAAAACAGAAUCAAAUUGAACGAGCCAUUAGAGAAAAGAGAGCAGUGGAAGAAGAACUUGAAAAGGUUUACAGGGAGGACAGAGAGCAUCAAUCUGACAAUAGAAAACUAGAGCAACUGCAUCAGAAAUAUUUACUUGCAGAAGCUACAAUAGAUGACCUUCAGCUAAGUCUACAGGCAACACAAAAUAAACUGAAACAACUGGAAAUGAACUCUGUGGAGGAGAAAUCUCGUUGCCAGGAAGUGAUCUGUAACUUGCAGAGCAUACUGGAUUCAGAAAGAGAAAAGAGUGCCUUCAUCAGUGAACAGAGUCUAAAACUCCAGCAGGAGAACGAACAACUGCGAGAAGAAAUGGAAGGUUUGAGAAAAGUGGCCAUAGAGGCUCAGCAGAAAGCUAAAAUAAAGAUCAGCACCAUGGAGCAUGAGCAUGCUCUGAAGGAACAUGGCUAUGAAGCUCAGCUCAAGGAAAUGGAAGACACCAGUCACAAGUCUUCUGCGGAGCUCAGGCGACUGUUGGUAGCUCAGCGGAAAGCGACAAACCGCUGGAAAGAAGAAACAAAACAACUCAGUGAAACAACAGCAGCCAGGAUCACUAAGCUGAAGCGUGAGCUGAGUCAACAAAAACUCCGUAGCCAGGAGCUCAUUUCCCAGCUGGAAAUAGCAAAUGAGAAGGUAACUGAGGAUGCAAAAUUAAUGAUGGACUACCGUGAACACAUCGAUAGGCUCCAGAGGCGACUGAACCAGGCAGAACACAGAGCGGCCACAGCGUCUCAAAAGGUACAGCUGGCAAAAACAUUCUCUGAGCACACUGAACAUAGCAAA